AUGUACACGGAGGAGUUUGAACAUGCAUUGCAAUUUUUAAGCUAUGUAAACAUGAGAGGAGGAUCAGUGAAUCUGUUCGGUAUCUCACCUCCCAAUGUGCAAAACUGGAAUUGUCCACUUUAUGCAUUCAAAGAAGCUUUGAAACUAGAAAUUGCUGUAACAGAUAAACUAGUAACUGCAAAUGAAAUUGCUGAAAGGCACAAAGACUUAAAUGCAAGUGAUUUUAUUGUCACUGGCUAUUUGGAAAAUCAAAUGAAAAGUGUUAAUGAAUUUGAGAAAUUUAUAACCGUUCUUUCUGGUAUUGGAGAUAAAACUCUGUCAAGAUUUAUGUUUGAUAAAGAUUUGUUGGAUAAUUAUGUACUUUCAAAAUUUAAUGUUUUACAAAAUAAAAAUAAAGACAAUUGA